AUGGAGGCAGUGAAGAUGUGGAAAUCAGACUGGAGGUAUCCCACUACCCUGCUGUGCAUCUAUGGAUUCUUCAGCACAGUUAAACCACUGGAGCCUUUCCUCAUCCCGUACUUGACGGGACCGGAUAAGAAUCUGACAGCUGAACAGGUAAACAAUCACAUUUUCCCAGUAUGGACGUACUCCUACCUGUCCGUGCUAGUGCCGGUGUUCCUCCUGACUGACUGGCUGCGUUACAAGCCUGUAGUGGUGUUCCAGUGUGUUAUGCUCUUCACCACCACAGCAUUGCUGCUGUGGACAGUAAGCGUGCCAGCCAUGCAGGCUGUGCAGUUCUUCUAUGGAGUCGUGACAGCCAGUGAGGUGGCCUAUUUCUCCUACAUUUACAGUGUAUUAGAUCUGAAGAGAUAUCGAAAGGCCACCUCUUACAGCCGCAGCGUCCAGCUCCUGGGGUAUACAGUGGGCUACGUCUUGGGUCAGCUGCUUGUCAGCUUCGACCUCAUGUCAUACAACAACAUCCUGGUGUUUACUCUGGUUCUCACUGCCAUCGCCCUCUUCACUUCCUGUCUCCUGCCAAUGCCACAGAAGAGCAUGUUCUUCCACAGAGGACACGGCAUGCAGACAACAGCAGAGGAGGCAAAGUCAAAGACAUCCCUGGAAGAUGGAAAGGGUGAAACGGUGGAGAGAGGGAAAGUGGAGGCUGAUGCUGAAAAAGAGCUUAAAGCUGAGAACCUUGAGGAACCUGAUGGCACACAGAGUUACGGCCAAGUCCUCCUCCAACUGUGGAGGGACUUCCGCUGCUGCUAUUCCUCUAGACAGCUGGUCUACUGGUCCGUGUGGUGGGCAAUGGCCACCUGUGGGUAUAACCAGACUGUCAACUACGUGCAGGUGCUGUGGGAGCAUGUGCAGCCCGCUCAGAACUUCAGCAUUUACAACGGAGGUGUGGAGGCAGCCUCCACCCUGUUAAGUGCAGCUACGGCCUAUGGGAUAGGCUUCACUGAGGUAAGAUGGGAGCAGUGGGGAGAGCUGGCCCUGGGUGGUUUCUCUGGACUCGGCGCAGCUUCACUCUUCAUCAUGACCUUCACUGGCAACAUCUGGGUCUGCUACAGCGGUUACGUAGUUUUCAAGUGUCUGUACAUGCUGCUGAUAACAAUAGCCAUGUAUCAGAUUGCAGCUGAUCUCUCAAUGGAAAGAUAUGCGCUGGUCUUUGGGGCAAACAACUUUGGUGCACUGGCUCUGCAGACAAUUAUCACGUCUGUUGUGGUUGACAGCAGAGGGCUAGGCCUGGCCAUCAUUCCCCAGUUCACCAUAUAUGCCAGCUACUUCUCCGUCAUCGCUGUUGUUUUCACACUUCGAGGACUACAGCAUUUGGAGAGCACAAAGAAGCAAAGAGAUAACUCCUCCGGACAAAGACGAAACUCCAGGCAGUGAGGAACACAGACUCUGAAUACAUAUAGAGCAUAAUAAAGUGAGAAUAUCAGUUAUGAUUUUGGCCCCUAUAG